UGCGUUAAAAAGAAUUGUCUUUUCAAACUUAUCAUUGAAAUGUACUGUCCAGAUGUUAUGGAUAAUCGACUUACAUGCGGCGGUUAAGACUCAAAGGAAUGCAUUGCUACAAAAUAAUCAAGAAAAUUGGGGAGGGCACAUUUUCAGAGGUGGUGAAAACUCAGAGCCUGAAAGAUGGGAAGUUCUACGCAUGUAAAAAAAUGAAGCAGACAAUUAACAGUCUGGAGCAGGCCAACAAUCUGCGGGAAGUCCAGGCAAUGAAGAGAUUGAGCCCCCAUGCAAAUAUCAUCCAACUACACGAACUGAUUUUUGACAAAGAAACUGGAACUGUGUCUUUGAUUUGUGAGCUGAUGGAGAUGAACAUCUAUGAGUUCAUACAAGGAAGACAAACUCCACUGCCUGACCAUACAGUGAAGAAUUACAUGUACCAGCUGUGCAAGUCACUUGACCACAUGCACAGCUGUGGGAUCUUUCACAGAGAUGUGAAGCCUGAGAACAUUCUCAUCAAACAAAAUGUUCUGAAGCUUGGGGACUUUGGCUCAUGUCGGAGUGUGUACUCCAAGCCCCCGCACACAGAGUACAUCUCCACACGCUGGUACAGAGCCCCAGAGUGCCUCCUGACUGAUGGGUAUUACAGCUUAAAGAUGGACAUCUGGAGCGCUGGUUGUGUCUUCUUUGAAAUCAUGAGCUUGAAUCCCCUCUUCCCUGGAUCAAAUGAGUUGGACCAGGUUGCCAAGAUCCAUGAUGUGUUGGGGACGCCAGAUCAAAGUCUUCUCCAAAAGUUCAAGCAGUCUAGAGCAAUGCAGUUCAACUUUCCUCCAAAAAAAGGCACCGGAAUUUCACGAUUAAUCCCAAACUGCCCAGCCCCGGCUUUGUCACUGCUGUAUCAGAUGCUCGCCUAUGACUCUGAUGAACGCAUCACUGCAGAAACAGCCCUGCGGCACACAUACUUCAGGGAAAUCAGGCUGGCAGAGAAGAAAGCUGACACUCUUCACAGAGUUUCUGGGACUAUGGAUGGAGUAGAGAGUAGUGUAACGCCCAGCUCCUUAGAGCAAAUCUGGCGCUCAACCAGACUUGGCAAACAGCUGAGGGGAAGAUAUACAAGGCAAACACCUUUAAUGCGCCACAUGAAGCAUGUAGCAGAGCCCCUUGUCAGACGGAACGUCCCUCAUUAUCCCACAGAGCUGCCCAAACUCAACAUGGUUGUACCAGGACCACAGAUCUCCUUCCCAGUCUCCACUAUGCCUGCAUUCACUGUCACCCACCGAGGCACACUGCCAGCCAUCACAUCGAAAAAGUGCCAGUCACAGUUGGCCAAGCCCCGGGAUGAGUCACACCGCGCAGCUUUCAAGACCUACUACAUGCCACCUCUGGAUAGGAAACAAGGGGGCUACUGAGAGGCAAAAACACUUCUUUUGAUUUAAAACCACUUCUUACUGUACUUAUAAACAGAUUGUUGAGAGGACAAUGUUUUGACAGGCCUGAUGUUGAAAUCUGUAAAACAACAAAAAGAUAUUUGAUAAAAAAAAAAAAAUGCAAUGAAGACCG